UCUGGGCAGAGCUGCUUGGGACCAAUGGGUGGUUUUGAGGGGCACCUGUACCCGGGGCUGUCCUUUUUCCUCUAUGGGCUCCAUCAUGCACAGCUGUUCUCCAGGGCCCUGAUAUGCAACUCACCUGCCCAGCACCCACCAUGCGGUGCCCGGGGCAGGGGGCCGUGGGCAAGACUUUGGCAGGUGUGCGAUGUAGGCUUGGUCAAGAUUCUCAGUGCCUGCAUCUUGGUGGCCCAGGAACUGCACAGCCUCCCCAGACCGUUCGCAUUGCUGACCAAGAGGUACCACCAAAGGGACUUCCUGUUCCGUAAGCAGUGGCAGCACAUCACCCUCUACGCUGCCUUCCUGCUCAGUGGCUGUGUAGACGUGGCCAGCCAGCACGUGCUGGCAUGCCGCUGCGUGGCGCUGGAGCAGGGUGCCCAGGCCCUGGGCAUGGCCGUGCUCCUGCCUCUGAUGCUGUCCCACAUGCAGGACACGGAGGGCGUGGAGCUGAGGUCUCACCUGCUGCUCACACAGGUCAUGUUCUUGCUCACACUGGUGCUGACCGCAGAGCUGUGGGUCCCCAGCGAGCUGCGGCUGCGGGCGCUAAAAGCCUUCCUGUGCGCCCUCAGCGGCUCCUGGCUCAUGCAGCUGGCCUUCAUGCUGUAUCGGCCCAUGUCAGGCUACAAGUGGAUGGACGAUGACCACAAUGACCUUGCAUUCGUCACCACUGCCUUCUGCUGCCAUGUGACCUGUGUGGCCAUCCUGAUGCUCUGGAUCCAUGGCUGCUGCUGGGUGUGCCGUGUCUCCCCUGGACCCAUGUGGCCUGUUCCCCAUGUGCUCCCCUGAGCCCCCAGUCCACUUUCAGAAGGGAUGUAGGUGAGUGAUCUCAAAUCCUGGAACACUGGACCCUGAGUGCCAGCUUCCCUUACCCCCGGGUAGGGCAGGGGUCAGACACCUCAUGGGGACGGAGCAGAACAGGGGUCCUGAGGGCUCACCACCCUCCCACUUCCUGUCUGCUUCUGGGGGUGUCCUUUGGUUCUGGGUGGAGGUGCUGCUGCCGAGGGCUGCACCUCACACCUGGAGCUGGGGAUAAGCCUCCAGGUGCAGUGCUUCCAGGGUGCU